CACACCAAGGGGAACUCUUGUUUGCGCAGGACCAUGGCUGCCGGGCACAUGCAAGUUUUGGGAACAUCAGUUCUCGGGUUGUACCACAGCCGGAUCUCGGCCUAAUGAGGCCAGUACUAUGCGAAAACCGGCCAACGAGUCGUGCCACCGAAAUCUUACUACUGUUUGAUAAAAUCCCGAAGUCAAGUAAAUAUAACAGCAUGGUUAGAAGACAACGACACGAUCCUUUGCGCGCAUCUGACCAUAAACAAAAAUGGCGUAAUCUGACAGCUGCAUUCCUAACUCGUGCAUCUCGAAUCAACUGUUUUUGUAAUAUAAAAAGUACGUAGCAUAUGAUUUAAUUAUCACAAUCUUUAUGAUGGCGACUGCGGUUCCUUCAGCCUGACUGUUCCUCACCAUGAAGACAAACAAAUCCUACAAGUUGGUGCUCCACAAGAAAGGCUUUGGUGGGAGUGACGAUGAGCUGAUGGUGAACCCCAGAGUGUUCCCUCAGGUGUCCAUAGGGGACAUUGUUGAGAUUGCACAUCCCAAUGAUGAAUACAGCCCUCUACUGCUCCAGGUCCGAAGCCUUAAGGAGGACCUCCAGAAAGAGACCAUCAGUGUGGACCAGACCGUCGCUCAGGCCUUCAGGCUCCGGGCCUAUCAGGAUGUCUUCAUUAACAUUGUGGAUCCCAAAGACGUCACAUUAGAUCUGGUAGAGUUAACCUUCAAGGAUCAGUACAUUGGAAGAGGAGACAUGUGGAGGCUGAAGAAGAGUCUGGUGGGCACGUGUGCCUAUGUCACCCAGAAAGUGGAGUUUGCUGGAAUCAGAGCACAGGCCAGUGAAUUAUGGGUAAAGGGAGAGAAGGUGACCUGUGGCUACAUCAGCGAGGACACCAGGGUGGUUUUUCGGUCAACCUCAGCCAUGGUGUACAUCUUCAUCCAGAUGAGCUGUGAGAUGUGGGACUUUGAUAUCUAUGGUGACCUCUACUUCGAGAAGGCCGUGAAUGGCUUCCUGUCUGACCUCUUUGCCAAAUGGAAGGAGAAGAACUGCAGCCACGAGGUGACGGUCGUGCUGUUCUCCCGAACCUUCUACUCUGCCAAAUCCAUGGAUGACUUUCCGGAGAUCCUGAGAGGUUCUUUGAGACAGGAUCACGAGGGACGCUUCUAUGAGGAUUUUUACAGGGUUGUAGCUCAGAAUGAGAGGCGGGAGGAGUGGACCUCGCUUUUGGUCACCAUUAAGAAGCUCUUCAUCCAGUACCCUGUGCUGGUGCGUCUCCAGGGAGCAGAUGGCUUCCCUAAUGGGCAAAACUCGACCGCUGCUCAAGGAAACUACCUGGAGGCCAUCAACCUGUCUUUCAAUGUGUUCGACAAGCACUAUAUCAACCGCAACUUUGACCGUACGGGCCAGAUGUCGGUGGUCAUCACACCGGGGGUGGGCGUGUUCGAGGUCGACCGGCUGCUGAUGAUUCUCACCAAACAGCGAAUGAUUGACAACGGUAUUGGCGUGGACCUGGUCUGCAUGGGCGAGCAGCCGCUGCACGCGGUCCCUCUCUUCAAGCUUCACAACCGCACAGUUCCUGGAGACUCUAGAUUAGGUGAUGACUACAACCUGCCCCACUGGAUCAACCACAGUUUCUACACAUCCAAAAGCCAGAGCUCCUGUAACAGCUUCACUCCACGCAUCAAACUGGCAGGCCGCAAGGUUCAAGCUGAACGAUUUAGGAGCAACAAAGACCACACUCUUGGGGCACCGAAGGACUCUGAGAACAGCCUGCCCAUCCAGGUGGACUACGAUGCCCACGACGCCCAGGUCUUCAGGCUUCCCGGGCCGUCCCGGGCCCAGAGGAGCACACACUUGAGGGCAGCGCGGGAGAGGGAGACCAGUGGGCGGAAGAGCUGGGGCUCAGUGGAGGUGAGUGGCUCUGGAGCCUCCCCACCAGCACGGGCCCCUGCGGCCCCUGAGGAGCAGCGAAGCUUGGCCUCUGAUGACAGCCUGGGCCGAAUCUCCAACAUCCUGCUCAUCCCGCGUCUGCCGGCCACCCAGUACGAGGUCAGCAGCUCACUGGGCUACACCAGCACCAGAGAUCUGCUGGAAAAAGUGAUGGAGUCACAGCGGGACUCCAGUGCCCCCGGCCGCUUCACCGUGGGCAGCGCUGAGUCCACCCUGCACGUGCGGCCUGGUGGAUACGCCCCGCAGAGGGCCCUCAUCAACCCCUUCGCCCCGUCCCGCAUGCCCAUGAAGCUCACCUCCAAUCGAAGGCGCUGGAUGCACACCUUCCCCAUUGGCCCCUCGGGAGAGGCUAUCCAGAUUCAUCACCAGACCCGGCAGAACAUGGCCGAGCUGCAGGGGAGCGAGCAGCGGGACCCCGCCCACACCUCUGCGGAGCUGUUGGAGCUGGCCUAUCACGAGGCCACCGGCAGGAGGACGACAGGUCGUCAGGCGGGGGAGAGCGGCUUCUACACCGGCCUGGGGACAGACGAGCUCACGGGCAGCCCGGCCAGCAGCAACAGCACAGGAACCCCCAUCAACCGCGGCUCUUCAUUUGAAGACUCCUCCUCGAACAGUCCAGAUCCGAUGCCCAGCUUCUGCUGCACGGUGGGGGUGGACUGGAAGUCCCUCACCACGCCAGCCUGCCUGCCCCUCACCACCGACUACUUCCCGGACCGCCAGGCCCUGCAGAACGACUACACAGAGGGCUGCUAUGAUCUGCUGCCCCACACCGACAUGGAGAGGAGAGAUGACGAUGCACCGGUGAUGACAGCGCCACAAGUGUUUGAAGAGUUCAUCAGCCAGCGCCUCAUGCAGGGCUACCAGAUCAUCGUGCAGCCGAGCGUGGGGAAGCCUGUUCCCUCGGUGGCCCCGCCCCUCAGCAGCAGCCCCCUGUAUUCCCGAGGUUCCUACUGCCGUCACGCCGUGGGCUGCAGGCCUACAUCCAGGUGUCUCCCCUGCAGAUACCCCUAUGAGUCAGCCCAGAUCCAGUACAGCUACAGCCUGUGCCCACCCCACCCGGAAGCCCAGUUUAUGUCCUGCUGGGUGGAGUUCAGCCACGAGCGCUUGGAGGAGUACAAAUGGAACUACCUGGACCAGUACAUCUGUUCCGCCGGCUCGGAGGAUUUCAGCCUGAUAGACUCCCUGAAAUUCUGGCGCACUCGCUUCCUGCUCCUGCCAGCAGGGGGUGCCCGACGGGCGGCUGAGGGAGAGGGCCGCUGGGACGUGUAUGGGGAGGGGCCCGGGGCGGGCCGUGAGGGCCUCGGUGGGGCCGGGGACUGGGCCCUGCUCGACAACUUCAUCCGCUUCCUGGAGGGUCUGAACCGCAUCCGGAGGAGGCACCGCUCAGACCGCAUCAUCCGGAAAGGACCAGCAAUGAAGGGACUUCAGGUGACAGGUUCGCUCUCUGCAUACCCCCCCGAGCCCACAGCGCCCCCGUUGGGCAAGAAGGGAACCUCUGUUCUGACGGCGCUGCUGGAGAUGGAGGCCAACCAGAAGAGCCUGGAAGAGCAGCAGGCCACAUUGUUCACGGGAAAAGCAAACGUGCCUCUGAGUGAUUCUGCAUCAGCGUCUGGGAACGUGGACAGUCCCCGCAAGGACGCAGCCUUCUUUUUGGACUUUGUCCGUAGCCCCCGUUCCUCCUACAUGUCUCACACUCAGAUGGCAGUCGAUCACGCAGCAGCCAGUAUCACGGAGGGAGGGCUGGCCGACAAGGGGGCCCCCCAGGCUGCGGGAGGCCCCGCGGCUCAGGGGCCCGGAGAGGCAGGACCCUCGUCCAGCGUUUCCAUGGAGACCAGUGGGCAGGCUGCUGCUGGAGGUUCCAUCCUGAGCUCAUCUUCCACCUUAAUGGACAUCCUGGAGGCCAUCAAACACCCCACGAUGGGCGUGCAGCUCCUCCCCGAACAGAAAGGCCUGCCACCACACUGCUUCAUCAGCGCUGAGGUCGUCCAUUGGCUGGUCAGCAACGUGGAGGGCGUGGCCACGCAGGGCAUGGCCGUGGACAUCAUGCAGAAAAUGCUGGAUGAGGGACUGAUCGCUCACGCGUCUGGGGAAGCCAUGCGCUCCUUUAUCUACGGCUUCUACUUCUACCGGAUCGCGCCGGAAAGGGAAGCAGAGCGAGGCCCAUCCACGCCGCUGCCCCCCACAGGGGCAGGGGGCCUGUCGGGCACCGCGCUGGAGGACUUCACCCUCUUCCAGAGGAAGUGGUUCGAGGUGGCCUUCGUGCUGGAGGAGCGGCGCCCCUGCGACCUGCCCGCCUUCCUGCUGCCCUGGCUGCCCAGCCGCCCCGCCUCCUACGCAAGUAGGCACAGCUCCUUCAGCCGCAGCUUCGGGGGACGCAGCCAGGCCGCCGCUCUGCUAGCUGCCACCUUGCCAGAGCAGAAGACAGUCACCCUGGAUGUGGAUGUGAACAACCGCAGCGAUCGUACCGAGUGGUGCAGCUGCUAUUACCAUGGCAACUUCUCUUCCAACGCCGCCGUGGAGAUCAAGCUGCAGUGGAUGGUGGCGACGGCCGCGGUCCUCUUCGAGAUGGUCCAGGGAUGGCACAGGAAGGCGGCCUCGUGUGGCUUCCUGCUGGUGCCCACCCUGGAGGUGCCCUUCGCCCUGCCCUCGUACCUAUAUGGCGAUCCGCUUCGUGCCCAACUCUUCAUCCCGCUGCACGUGCAGGUCCUGCUGAGGGACGCCAGUGACAGCCUCUUUGAGGGAUUCGAACCCGAGACUUACUGGGACAGAAUGCAGCUGUUGCAAGAGGCCAUAAUCUACAGGUUUGGUUUCGUCCAUGACAAGUUCUCCGCCUCCGCCUUUAACUUCCCGUCAGAGAACAAGCCGCAGUACAUCCAUGUCACAGGCACCGUCUUCCUGCAGCUUCCUUACUCCAAGAGGAAGUACAGCAGCGGGCAGCAGCGCCGCCGCCGCAACUCCACCACGUCGGCCACACAGAGCCUCUUCGGGGUGGAGGAGCGUGUGGGCUACAACUGGGCCUACAACACCAUGCUGACCAAGGCGUGGCGCACCGGCGCCCUCGGUGACGAGCGCCUUGCCGAUCGCCUGCUCCGCGACUUCACUGACUUCUGCGCCAACAAGGACAACCGGCUGCUGGCCUUCUGGGAGAGCUGCGUGGAGAAGAUGAACGCUAGCGCCCCCAAGGAAGGGGGCUGCAUUCCAGAGACCCCUCCCUAAGGAGGUGUGGGCAGUUCCUGUGUCAGACUGAGGUGAAAGGUCACAAUGCCAGGUAUUUAGGGCAGUCCCGUGUUGGUUAUGCUAUUGAACUGUUUCUCAACAUAUGUAAAUAAAUAUUUACUCACUCUUGUGUCUA